AUGAGGUUUGAAGAGGUCCUGGAGGAGGUUGGCAGCUUCUCCAAGUACCAGUUCCUUGUCCUGCACUUGCUGUGUUUGCCGCGUGUCAUCCUGCCGUUACACUUCCUCUUACACAGCUUCAUCUCUGGCGUGCCACCGCACCGUUGUGCCCUGCCACACCUCGGCGAUGAGCUCCAUCAUGGGCAGAUGGCUCUGGCUGGCCAGGAUGCCCUGACCCUGAAUCUGCCACUGGACCCUGGUGGAUCUUUGAGCUCCUGCCAAGUAUAUGGUGAUCCUGAACUUGCAUUCUACAACAGAUCAAAUGUGACAGUGCGAUCGGCUUGCCCAAAUGGAUGGGUCUACAACCGAACAGAGUUCUCCUCCACCACCGCUACCCAGUGGGAUUUGGUCUGUGACAACAAGAAAUAUAACCAAGCAUUAGCAACCUUCUUCUUCAUCGGAGUUACCCUUGGUGCAGUGAUCUUCGGCUACUUGUCAGAUAAGUUUGGACGGAGGCCGCUGAUCCUGGUGUCGUUUGUAGCCAGCGCCGUGUUUGGCGUGGCGUCUGCUUUCUCCGUCUCGUACGCCAUGUUUGCUGUGAUGCGAACCCUCUGUGGAGUCUCUCUGACUGGAAUGUCAAUCACCACUCUGGCCCUCAGUAUCGAGUGGAUAGAUACAGAACACCGCACGUUCACGGGCACUAUCAUCAGCCUUGCCUGGAGUGUGGGGAACAUGCUGCUCGCCCUGCUGGCUUACUGCAUCCGAGACUGGAGGCAUCUCAUGCUGGUGGUGACGUCACCCUGCCUGGCGGCCAUCUUGUCUUGGUGGUGGAUCCCAGAGUCCGCCCGAUGGCUUCUUGCUAAUGGCAAGGUAGAAGAGGCCAAGACUUAUCUGGAGCAGUGUGCCAAGAUGAACGGCAAGCACUCAGCCAAACUGGCAUCAGAGACUCUCUCUAAGGUCACUGUUACUGAGGCUGCCAAUAAGGACUACACUUACUUGGAUCUUUGGAAGACACAGAAGAUAAGAAAAAUAACCAUUUGUUCUGGAUUGUUCUGGUUUGCUGUGGCCUUCACCUACUACGGCAUCAGCCUGAACAUCACAGGGUUUGGUCUGAAUAUGUACCUCACCCAUUUUGUGUAUGCUGCCAUUGAGGUGCCAGCUAAAGUGGGCACAUAUUUUGCUCUGGAUCGCGUUGGCAGGAGGAAUGCCCAGGCGUACUCCCUCAUUAUAGCGGGGGCACUAAUAGGAGUCAAUGCAGUCAUACCAACAGAGUACACAGUUGUGCGUCUAUGCAUAGCGGUCGCUGGUAAAGGCUUCUCAGAAGCUGCCUUCACAACAGCCUUCCUUUACACUGCUGAACUCUACCCUACUCUUAUCAGGCAGUGUGGUCUGGGCUACACGUCCUUCAUCGGGCGCAUUGGGGGUUCCCUGGCCCCUAUGGUGAUGCUGCUGGAGGACUUCUGGGUGUUUGCACCAGCACUGGUGUUUGCUCUCACGGCUGUCCUCGGUGGGAGUGUGGUGUUCCUGCUGCCCGAGACUAUGAACGAGCGUUUACCUGAAAACAUACUGGACGUGGAGGAAGGAAGACACAGAUGUGCCUCAAGGAGCCAGGCUACAGAGGUGGAGCUGAGCGGCCCCUGCAGAAUAGCAAGAGGAAAGAUUCAGUAAUGUAGCUUAGAAAAGCAAAUAGCAAGAGGAAAGAUUCAGUAAUGUAGCUUAGAAAAGA